GUGUCAGUCGCCCAGGCGGACGCCAUGAAUGGCCAGCAAAUUUCGAAGCCUGUGCUUCCUGGGCAAGGCGUAAAUCAUCUGUCUCUUACUGAACCAAGAACGCGUGUGCUGAGAAGCAGGGUAAUCACUGUACUGCCCCAGACUCAGUUGCCUCGAAGAAACAGGAAAUGCGGAAAUGGCAAAAACUCCAUUCUCUCGAAGCGAAAGGCACAGGAGGAGCUCUUGUCUGAGGAGCCGGCAAAGUGCAAGCUAGAGAAACGAGUUAACGCUAAACCAUCGUCAUUAACGCCGAUCGCCGCAAAAAGAUCGCACCUAACGAAAAAGACGAAAAAGAGGCACAAUGCCAAGCGAUUGAAGGCGAAAUCAUCAUCGCAGAGGAAAAACAAUUCCCAGAAGAGAUCCUCAGAAAAGAUGAAGAAAGGAAGUGCCGCCAUGAACCAGCGCAGUGUCCGUUUGACUAUUCAUUGCAAUGGAAAGCAAGUCGUCGUGCACACGGCACGGAUGCAGCAUCAAAUGUGGUUACCAGACAAGAAUGUAAUAAGUGAUCGUGUUGAAAGUUAUGGGCGAGUUGGUGACAUUCCCAUUUAUUUCACAGAAGACAAUCAAGCAAUAUACGAAUAUAACAACCUUCACAGUGGGUACUGGGCAAAGGAAGUGGUGCCGAUGGCCUACUUGACGAAGGGACAAAUCAAAGAGCUCGAAAAACUAGGUUUCGAGCUGACCUCUGUGCCUAUCCCCGAAAAUCCAACUCCAAUACAAAAAUUGGCCGUACGAGAUGUCACUGCAGGCUAUGCCCCUAGCAAGCGGAGGAAGUGGUGA